CGUGCUGAAAAGGUGCUUUUUACCAUUAACCUCGAUCAACCACAAACAAUGGAAAUUGGAAAAAUCGCUCAUUCUUCGCAGCCUUGUGCAAGGAUGCUCUUCUCUGCGUCAUCCCUUGACUUAGAUGGCUCCUAAAAUAUCAUUAUGUUCAUGCUUAUGAUAUCAAUGCUUCUCUUUUAUUUUGCAACUGACACAGUUAAAGGAAUUAAAGUCAGUUCCUACGAGAUUUUAAGUUUGAUUUAAUAGUUUUGGGUGAUAUAUCUGUGAAAGCAACUCUCAGUUUUCUGUACUUCCAACGGUAAGGUAUAAGGUAGGAAUGGGAAAAUUCCUAGUUGGAAUGUUGUAUUUAGCUAUCAAGAGAGCAGCAAUUUGCUUUGUGUUUUUGAAGUUCUUUACGAUGUCUAUAUAUUUUACUUAACAUAGUAACGUAAUGAACACUACGUCUCAUGUUUCUCCUACACGUCUUUCGUGUUCUAGCCGCUUCCUGCCUGCUUUACAACGGAACAGAGCACAGUGAAGAAGAGACGAACUGACUUUGAAGAGGUAAAAACCGACUGCUGCAAAUCAACCCAAAUAGUGUUCCUAGAGCUGGGAUUUCAAUGAUAGAGAAAAAAGCGUGAAUAAAAUCAUGGCGAAUUUAACUGAGGAUGGAAAUUAUACGACAACAAGCCCAGAGGUUUCCUGCAUUAUUGCUCUCGGAGCAGCUCAGAGGAUAUUUCUUUUAGCUACAAAUAUUCCGCUAUCCAUAGUUGCAUUUGUAGGAAAUUUUCUGAUCAUCGUUACUCUUCGUAAGGUGUCGUGCCUUCAUCCGCCCUCAAAACUAUUGCUCGGUUGUCUUGCGGGCACAGAUCUGGGCGUGGGCCUCAAUUCACAACCUCUUUUCAUUGUUUUCUUCAUGUCUUCAGAGCAUUCAAAGGGUUGUUACUACUCAUCAUUACUUUUAAAUACUAUUGGUUCAAUAUUCAUCUCGGUAUCGCUGUUGACAAUGACAGCAAUAAGUGUAGACAGACUUCUUGCUCUGUUGUUGGGGCUAAGAUACAGACAGGUAGUAACUGUGAGGCGAGUAAGACUUCUCGUUUUUACUUUUUGGGUCCUCAGCACUCUCAAUGCAACAGUAUUCCUUUACAGUAUACACAUUGCUAUCAGCAUCACUUGUGCAGCGUUGUUAUUAUGCUUAAUGAUCUCCUCUUUCUGUUACACCAAAAUUUAUCGGACCCUUCGCCUUUCUGAAGCCCAAGUGCAAGAUCAAGGUCCCAAGGGAAAACAGAAUGGAGAAGGGAUUCAACUGAACAAAGCGAGAUACAGAAAGACAGUGUCCACAGCACUGUGGUUACAGAUGGCAUUAUUUGCUUGUUGUCUUCCUUAUGGUUUAGUUUAUGGUUUUAUUCUUAUCAGUGGAAUUAAUACACAUUUCCUUAAAUUCGUCUCGUAUCUUGCGUUUUCUUUGUUGCUGUUUAACUCGACUCUAAACCCAUUCCUGUAUUGUUGGAAGAUGAGAGAGAUGAGACAGGCCGUGAAGCACACGAUCAGACGGUUUUUUCGUUUACUUACUCAGGAAACCUAGAUUAAGUUAGUUUUGGCCCUGCUUAGUCUUGCACUUGAAGGAGACAAUAAUCGGCUGAGACAAACGUAUUCCAUUGCAAAAUUAAAUUUUUAUGUAUUUGUUUAAACGCAAAUUAUGACACUUCGAACUCUGUUUUAAUACAUCAGAAAGUGUAAACUCGAA